ACUGUAUAUGUGACUGUGUUCUGUACGUAAUGCAGGGUUUGCCGAAGUUUACUGCACCUUUCAUAAGCCUGACAGUGGAUGUUGACAUUGCUGAACUUUGUACUUGUAAAGUUCGCCUUUUCUGACUUUUUUUUUCAGUUUGAAAACUUCCUAUUUUACAUGCACGCAAAGCUUACUUCAGAAACUUGACUUUAUUUUUAAAACACUAUGAGUGCUAAACAUAUAGAGUCAACUGCCACCCAAAGUACACUGAAUCUUCUUCCUGAUUUUCCUCCGGGACCACUUGAUGCUUAUCGAAGGAAGGCCUCAUUUAAUUGGAAAGAAUUUAUUGUAUUUUGGGAAGGUGAAGAUGUCCUUACUUUUAAGAAGAAUGUAUUAUCAACUUUAGAAAAAGAUCCACUGUUUGCACGUGUACCUGGUGAAGAUAUCUCUUUAGAAAAACAGCGUGAGCUCACUUUCCUUCGCAGCAAACAACUCUUCAGAUAUAGUUUCCUUACAAAUGAUGAAGCAAUGCAAAAUCCUUUUUUAACCACUGCACUUAGUGACUGCUUAGGCAUGUAUGAUUGGUCUUUAGCAACCAAAUAUUUUCUUAACUUGCAGUUGUUUGCUGGGACCGUGAGAAGGUCUGGCACAAAGAGGCAUGAACAAUUUGCAGAUGACGUAGAGAGCAUGAAGACAUAUGGCUGUUUUGCACUUACUGAAAUAAGCCAUGGAAGCAAUACCAGAGGCAUGAGAACAACUGCAAAAUAUGACCCCCACACUCAGGAAUUUAUUAUCAAUUCCCCCGAUCAUGAAGCUGCAAAAAUUUGGAUUGGAAACCUGGGAAAAACAGCCACCCAUGCAUUAGUUUAUGCUCAGCUUUAUACACCUGAUGGAGUUUGCCAUGGCCUACAUUCCUUCAUAGUACAGGUCAGAGAUCCGAAAACACUCCUUGCUAUGCCUGGGGUAAUGGUUGGAGAUAUUGGCAAGAAGCUUGGCCAGAAUGGUCUGGAUAAUGGAUUUGUAUUGUUUUGUGAUGUUCGAAUACCUAGAGAGAACCUUCUGAACUCAACUGGGGAUAUAACACCAGAGGGCCUUUAUGUUACACCUUACAAGGAUCCCAAUAAACGGUUUGGGGCUUCACUUGGUGCAUUGUCAGGUGGCCGUGUUGGAAUUACACGAAUGUCAGUGGUUAAUUUGAAACUCGCAAUAUCAAUAGCCAUUCGCUAUUCAGCUGCACGAAAGCAAUUUGGACCAAGUGAAGAAGAGGAGAUGCCAGUCCUUGAAUAUCAGUUACAGCAAUGGCGUCUAAUUCCCUAUCUGGCUGCAAUAUUUGCACUGGAUUAUUUUUCCAAAUCGUUGUUUGUCAAUUUUCUUGAGUUUCAAAUUGGCCUCAUGAUGAAGGAUAACAGUGAUCGACAGGCAGAAAUUGGAAGAGAAAUUCAUGCAUUAUCUUGUGCCAGCAAACCUCUGACCUCUUGGACUGCUCAACAGGCUGUUCAGGAGUGCAGGGAAGCCUGUGGAGGACAUGGCUACUUGGCGAUGAAUAGAAUUGGUGAGAUUAGGAAUGACAAUGAUCCAAAUUGCACAUAUGAAGGAGACAAUAAUGUGAUUUUGCAGCAAACAAGUAACUACCUUCUUACAUGGAUAAGCUUGAAAUAUCAAGGAAAAUCGACAAAUGAAUCUCCUUUGGGCUCUCUCAACUUUCUUGGUGACUUUCAUACCAUUCUGAGUAAAGUAUUUGAAGUAACUGUAGAAGAUGAAUGUCUGGAUUCUUCAGUUCCAUUGAUAGCUUAUAAGUGGCUGGUCUGCUACCUUUUGCAAGAAAGUUAUCUCAAAAUACAACAAGAGAAACAAAUGGGAAAGCCAGAUUUUGAGGCCAAAAACAACAGUCAGGUUUAUUAUUGUCAUACAUUAGCUAUUGCCUAUAUAGAGCUUACUGCCCUGCAACGAUUUCACGACUUUACCCAUGAUUCCAGUGUUCCACAUGGAUUACAGACUGUGUUGAAGAAACUAUGUGCUCUGUAUGGCCUAUGGAGUCUUAGCAAGCAUAUAGCUGUGCUUUACCAAGGUGGCUAUUUCUGUGGUAAAAAGUGCACUGAAUUAAUUCAAAGUAGCAUCCUUACACUUUGCUCUCAGCUGAAGAAUGAUGCUGUCUCUUUAGUGGAUACAAUUGCGCCUUCUGAUUUCAUUUUAAAUUCUCCCAUAGGAAAAGGAGAUGGUGAGAUUUAUAAAAACCUCUGGAGUGCAAUCUUACAGGGCAAAGGUGUCCUUGAGAGACCUUCGUGGUGGAUGACAUUUUCGUCUGAUAAACCUCUUGUUGGUAGUCUUCGAGGAAAGCUGUAACUCUUACUGUUCUCAUCUGAUGAAGUUUCCAAUAAAUGCUGA